UACAGGAGCUCAGACGCCUGUCUAAAGAUCUAUCUAGAAAUCCCAUAUGGCUCGGCACGACACAGAAGAGCUGCUGAAAGCUGUCUAGAACUAAACAUGCGACUUUAUGAUGUUAAAUUUGACAUGUAAGGUGGUAGUCGAUAGGUAUAGGUUCGAAUCAAAGAAGUUUGCAUGUUGUUUACUGCUGACGAGAUUUUUAGCUGACUGCUAACCAAUCCAAAGUGAUGUUUAUUACGACAUCAGCCUUACAAAACAUACACGUUUACUUACAGCUAGUUGGAAUAGUUAAAUCCAGAUGAUUACGAGGUGUACCAGACAGAUAUUCAGGGUUGGAGUUUUGGAUCAGCUGAGUUUGUUGGAUGCAUAGCCAUCUACUACAAGAAAACAGAAAUGGAGAAUAUGAAAAGAACUCGACCUAAAGAUCAGACAUGUCAAUCCUCACCUGAAGACUGGUUCAAAAGAAGGCAGAGAUCAUUAGACUGUCAGCAUGACACAGCCGAGAGAAAACACGGGCACAACGGCGUUCCCAACAGGACUGCUGAUCUCAAAAUGAAGCAGACCGAAAAGAUAUGGAAAGAUAAUAGAUCGGAUCCUUCAUCUCAGGACAAAAGAAUCAAUAGGCGAUCUUCAGACAGAAAAGGUUACAGAGGGACCAAACCUUCCCCAGAUCCUACUGAGAAAGCCAAGUCAGCAGUGACAUGCAGCAGCACUUUUCAAAUGCAACUUGCAGAUUUUCCUGAAUUGGGUGACAUCACACCCAGUAACCCUGCACUAAACUCUUGGCACCUGGAACCAUCGGCGAGUGGUUCACUAAUGCCAGAAGAGCGUCAAAGUUCACCAGCAGUUACUUGCAAGAAUGUACCAAAGCGAAGAACAAAGUCGUCGGCAUGGCAUGUCCCGUCAACCGGAAAAUGUGACAUUCCAUCAGCUGUAACAGCAGAUCAGGAUAAUUCAGUUUGUGUUCCCACUGGACCUCCAUCCUGGGCCAAUGUUGCAUCUCAGCCUCCAAAAGUUAUCCAGAAAAGCCCCAAAUCAAAUGGAUCAUCUCAGGAGGAUUUAUCAGGACAACCAGCAGAGCAGAAACCCGAUAAGAGAAAGAGAAAGAAAAAGAAGAAAACUAAAAAGACCCCAGAGGACAUGAAGGAGCAGAUACCAGAAGAACAUUUGAUCCAACAGGAACCUCCAAAGUUUGAAGAUGAAGAGGAGUUUCCGGGCCUGUCGCUUGCAUCUGAACUCAGAGGACAUUCUGUAGCACAGAAAGAAGAGAUAAGAUACAAAACAUCGACAUCCACUUCUGCCUCUAGUGACACGAAGAAACAACAGACUAGUCAGAAGAAAUCUAAAGUUCCCGUUCAGCUUGACCUGGGAAACAUGUUGGCCGUCCUUGAGCAGAAGCAACAGUGUAAGAAAUCGAAACAAGACCAACGGCCGGUGACGCUCUCAGUUGGUGGAGCUCUGCCUGUGGUCCAUAAGGAGCCUUCAGUUCAGAAGAAGGCAUGGCAGCAAGAGAAGGUCCCUCACAACCCGCUGGACUCCACCUGUCCUUUAGUGAAAAAGGGAAAGCAGCGAGAAGUUCCUAAAGCGAAAAAACCAACACCUCUCAAACGAGUCAUUCUGCGAGAAAGAGAGGAGAGGAAACAGAACCGCCUGCUGGAGGAGACAGACCCAGCCCGACUGGUCACUCAGGCUUGCGAAAUAGAAACGGAUGAGAAUCCUUCAGAAACAAGUCUGACUGAUCAUGACCAACAUCUCACAGGUGACGACUCUGAACUUGUUGAUAUUGAAGAACCAGAGAUCGACCAUCCCACCUUCGAGUCUAAUCACGCAUUGGAUAACGGCAUGGCGGAAAAUGUGACACUAAAUCCCAAUUCCAACCCUAAUCUUCCCAAAAUCCACAGCAGGAAGUUCAGAGACUACUGCAACCAGGUGCUGAGCAAAGAUGUAGAUGAAUGUGUGACCACUUUACUGAAGGAGCUGGUGAGGUUUCAGGAUCGUCUUUAUCAGAAAGACCCCAUGAAGGCCCGAAUGAAGCGUCGACUGGUAAUGGGUCUCAGAGAGGUCCUGAAACAUCUCAAACUCAGGAAGGUCAAGUGCGUUAUCAUAUCGCCCAACUGCGAACGUAUUCAGUCCAAAGGUGGUCUAGAUGAAGCACUUCACACUAUCAUUGACACAUGUCGGGAACAGGGUGUGCCGUUCGUUUUCGCCUUGUCGAGAAAGGCAUUGGGCCGCUGUGUUAGCAAAGCCGUCCCUGUUAGCUUAGUGGGCAUCUUUAACUACGACGGUGCACAGGACCACUAUCACAAAAUGAUCGAGUUAUCAUCUGAGGCCAGGACGGCCUACGAGGUGAUGAUUGCCAAUCUAGAGGCUUCACCCCAGGAUCAGGAACAGGAGGAGGAGACAUCAGAAGAACCUUCAGGAACCGAAGAGCCAGAGUACAUAAAAAUCUGGAAGAAAAUGCUGGAGAAAGAUUCCGAGCACUCGUUCCUGAAUUUUGAGGAUCAGUUUUCAUCGCUUUCCAUCGGUUCGGAUCUUGUCGACCGUGAAGGAAGCUGAUGGAAGUGAAAGAGACGAAAUAUCAGUUUUUGUCCAUUUGCCGUGCCGAGGUCAUGCUUUUGUGACGUGACGUUUUCCACCCAUGCAUGAGCUUCUAGCACAUUCCAGUGAGGAAAUCUUGAAGUACCGAAUGUGCCUAUGGUUGUCUAGAGGAUUAUAAUGGCCUGGAAUCCUGAAAUAAAUCAAGGCAAUACAGUUGAAAAUCAUGGAGAGCAGCCCUUGACUAACAAUAUUUUCUUAGGGAUAUCAAUCAAUCACAUACAAGUUUGUUGUUUCGCACUCUGAAUGGUGAAUAUUUUUGCAGAUAUGCUACUAUCUCUCUCUAUUUUCUAUUUAAAUAAAUGUAAUAGUUUGAUAAAAGACUUGGAAGCGAGCCAAACCGCUGCAUUUAUGUAAAUGUUUACGUUUGUAAAACAAAUGUAUUUUACUUUCCCUGUGGGUUGCACAACUUUCCUAAAUAUGACCACUGCAUUUGUAGAAAGAUUGUGGUACAUGGACAAUGGUUUCAAUCUUAAUGCUGGUAAAUGAAUGAAUGAAUGUUAUGACCGUGAACUGUUUGUAGGAAUACCUCUUCCUCCUAGAACUUAUUAAACACCACUUACCUAAUUUAUAGCAUAUACUUUUAAUUUGUAACCCACCAUAUCCAAGUGAGAAUUUCUGUUUAAAAGCUAAUCCAUUAAUACUGAAUCUCACAGACAGUUUUGCACACUUUAUCAGUGUCAAAUUUAACAGCGUCUGAAUGCCGUUGAAAGCAUUUAACGGGAAUUGAGGUGCUCGGAUGCAAAAUCCUCUAAACACCACUUCUGUCAAAAAUGACACUAUAAUGAUAACCAUGGGCAUUGGCAGCAGAAGAAAUGUGUGUGGGGCCAAAUCAUUUUCUGGAGUAGAUGUUAUGUUUUUUAAUUAAACAAUUGCUUUUAUAGCCUGAAAGCUUUGCUUACCUUGUUAUGUCCCUGGAGUACAUUUAGUGAAAGUAGUGAAACACGAAAUGGAGCUAAAUGAGUAAAGUGGAAUGGAUUUGAGCGAGCGGCAGUUUAUUAGGGCAUUCCUCUGUGAAAUGUAUUUGACUGACGGUGCUUUGAUAAGUCAACAGACAUAUGCCUAACCCAAAAAUUAAAUUUCUGUCAUCUUUGAUUUAUUUGUUCUGAUGAACACGAAGAAUAAUAUUUUUAAGGAAUGUUUGUAACCAAAGCAAUCAUUUCUCAAAAUAUCUUCCUUCGUGUUCAUCAGAACAAAGACAUUUAUGCAUGUUUGUAACAACAUGAGAGUAAAUAAAAGAUUACAGAAUUUUCAUUUUUGGGUGAACUAUCCCUUUAAAAAGUUAAAUACUUUCACUUCAAAUCUGCGUUAUCCUGGCCUCAGAUAAUUCAGAAAUACCGCUUUGCUGAACAAUUGAUGAACAAAAGAGGACUUUGUUGGCAGAAUCCACUAAGUGCACGGAAGAUAAAUUGAAUUGGGCUCUUUUGACUGUGCAAAUACGUUGUUUUGAAUGUAGAUGCGCCGCACACAAAAUAAAGUUUUUGCGUGCUCUUUUAUCCAGGGGUGUUGGCGCCGCAGCCAGUUGAAAAUACUUCAAUGUUUCAGAAUACUGUGUUGAAAAGGAGGAGGAAAGUGGUUGUGUUUUCUGUGUGGGUUAAGACACAAAAUGUAAACCGCCCCUUAUGGGCCGUACACACAAUAUGCAAAUUCAGCGAUUUGUGUGAGUAGAUUACAUACAAAAUUAAUGCAAAGACGUGAAUAGUCGCGAACUCGCGCAGGGUGAUGUGAAUGACAUAAAUUGGGCGCCGUGAUUGCGUGGGUUCACACCAGAUGCGAGUUUAACGAUUUGCGCGAGUAGAUUACAUACAAAGUCAAUGCAAAUAUGUGAUUAGACACGUCCUCGCGUGGGGCAAUGUGAAUGACACGAUAUGGGUGGCGCGCCCAAGUUGAAAAUAUUAAACUCAAGCGAAAAAUUUGCAUGACACGAAGAUAAAUCCUGUGAGUAAUCUAGAGCGUGUAACGCUAUGCCCCGCGUUUGGUGUGUAUGUAGCAUUAUACGCAUCUUCGCAGAAGAGUGAAAAAUUCGCAUCACACGAAAUUAAAUCCCAUGAGUAGAUACUACAGCUAGGAACGCGUUGUCUCACGUUUGGUGUGUACGCAGCAUAAUGCGAAUAAGGCAUUUAGCGCGGUGCGGUAGACGCGAUUCCUCCUCAUUCGCGCGUCUAGUUUGUGCGAAUUGAGCGUUGCUGCGACAAACGCGCGAGUUGAAAAAACGCUACACGUUAACCAACCAGGAGCUUGCUCUAGUGACGUGAUUACAGGAAGCGAGCGGAGUUGCAGAAGCCCCUCCCAUGACGUGAAUUUCCGCGUGAAUGUCUGGAUGACUAGAAUUUCACGCGCGAAUGAAGCAAGUAAACGGAAACUGUUCAAGCGGCAAACUAGGCCCGGUAGACGCUAUUUUGACGCCUCAGACGUGGCUGGUGUGAACCCACGGUAAGAGGGUUUUGCAUCUGAACUCCUCAAAUGUGUAUUUUAAGCUGAAUUGUGGUUUAAAUAACACACGUAGCAUAAAGCAAACCACUCACAAGUUCACAUAUAAACCAUCUGCUUUGCUGCUAUGCACUUUCAUGUGAAGAAUGCUGACUUUGGGACCAAAACAUGUUUGUUUUGCUGUUGAAGGAUUAAAUGCAAGCACAAGAGAUUUUGCCAGGAUUUGCAAUAAAUUCUUUGCAAUAAACUAAUUCUGUGUAUUUACGCGUAAUGUACCCAAAUUCUGAUUACUAGUUGGAAAAAGUUAGAAAUUAGAAAAGAUUCUGCUGUGAUUAAAUUGUACUCCAUUUGUUUAACCACCACCACAAAAAUAUGAUUUAACACUAUAAACUUGUAUUUAAGAAUGUGCAAAGAAUGUUAAAUGAUUGUGAAUAAACAUCUUGGCCAUUUUCUGUCAUCAA